CCCGCAAUACAGUUUCAGGAUGCAAUAACACAGAAGACGACAGUCCUCGUCAUCCUACAACACCAUCGUCACCGGCAUCGUCCUGCAACACCAUCGUCCUACACCACCGUCGUCCUGCAACACCAUCGUCCUGCAGCACCGUCGUCCUGCAACACCAUCGUCACCACAGCACCAUCGUCCUGCACCACCAUCGUCCUACAACGCAUCGUCCUACAGCACCAUCAUCUGCACCACCGUGUCCUACAACACCGUCAUCCUACACCAUCGUCCUACAACACCAUCGUCUACAACACCAUCGUCCUACAGCACCAUCGUCACCACAACACCGUCAUCCUGCACCACCGUCGUCCUACAACACCGUCAUCUUACACACCAUCGUCCUGCAACACCAUCGUCACCGCACCAUCGUCCUGCAACACCGUCGUCUGCAGCACCGUCGUCCUGCACCACCAUCGUCACCGGCACCAUCAUCUUACACCACCGUCGUCCUGCAACACCGUCGUCCUGCAACACCGUCAUCCUCACCGCGCCGUCGUCCUCACCAGCACCAUCGUCCUGCAACACCAUCGUCCUCAGCACCGUCGUCACCGCACCGUCGUCCUCUGGCACCGUCGUCCUGCAACACCGUCAUCCUCACCACCAUCGUCCACUCUGGCACCGUCGUCCUACACCGCCAUCGUCCUGCAACGCCAUCGUCCUACACCACCAUCGUCCUGCAACGCCAUCGUCCUCCGCAGCACCGUCGUCCUGCAACACCGUCGUCCUGCAGCACCAUCAUCCUGCACCACGUCGUCCUCUGCACCGUCAUCUUCGCACCACCCAUCGUCCUCUGACACCAUCGUCCUCUGCACCGUCGUCCUGCACCACCGUCGUCCUGCACCGCCGUCGUCUACACCACCGUCGUCCGCAAGACGCCGUCGUCCUGCACCGCCGUCGUCCUGCGCCGCCGUCGUCACUGCCGCCGUCGUCCUGCAACGCCGUCGUCCGCAACGCCGUCGUCUGCACCGCCAUCGUCCGCCACGGCACCGUCGUCCUGCAACGCCGUCGUCCUGCGCCGCCGUCGUCCGCCAGCGCAAUCGUCCUCUGACGCCGUCGUCCUGCAGCGCCGUCGUCCUGCAAGCACCGUCGUCCUGCAGCGCCGUCGUCCGCCGCGCCGUCGUCCUGCAGCACCGUCGUCCUGCACCGCCGUCGUCCUGCAGCACCGUCGUCUUGCACCGUCGUCCUGCAACGCCGUCGUCCUGCAACGCCGUCGUCCUGCUGCGCCAUCAUCCUGCACCGCCGUCGUCACCUGGCACCGUCGUCUUGCCACCACCGUCGUCCUCUGGCACCGUCGUCCUGCAGCGCCGUCGUCCUGCAGCGCGUCGUCCACCACAGCGCCGUCGUCCUGCAGCGCCGUCGUCCUCCGGCACCGUCGUCCUGCAACGCCGUCGUCCUGCAGCGCCGUCGUCCUCCAGCACCGUCGUCUUGCACCGCCGUCGUCCUGCAGCGCAAUCGUCCUUGCGCCGCCGUCGUCCUGCAAGCACCAUCGUCCUGCAACGCCGUCGUCUCUGGCGCCGUCGUCCUGCACCACCGUCGUCCUGCACCGCCGUCGUCUUGCACCGCCGUCGUCCUCUGACACCGUCGUCCUCUGACGCCGUCGUCCUGCAACGCCGUCGUCCUCUGGCGCCGUCGUCUUGCCGCCGUCGUCCGCCACAGCGCCAUCGUCUUGCACCGCCGUCGUCCUGCAAGCGCCGUCGUCCUGCACCACGCCGUCGUCGCCACAGCGCCGUCGUCCUGCACCGCCGUCGUCCUGCAACGCCGUCGUCCUGCAACGCAAUCGUCCUGGCGCCGUCGUCUGCACCGCCGUCGUCCUGCACCGCCGUCUCGUCGCCGCCGUCGUCCUGGCACCGUCGUCUGCACCCGCCCGUCGUCCUGCACCGCGUCGUCCGCAACCACCGUCGUCCUGCAGCGCCGUCGUCCUGCGCCGUCGUCUGCACCGCCGUCGUCCUGCAGCGCCGUCGUCACCGCAGCACCGUCGUCCUGCACCGCCGUCGUCCUGCACCGUCGUCCUGCACCGCCGUCGUCUGCACCGCCGUCGUCCUGCACCACCGUCGUCCUGCACCACCGUCGUCUGCACCACCGUCGUCCUGCACCGCCGUCGUCCUGCACCGCCGUCGUCCCUGCACCACCGUCGUCACCACAGCGCCGUCGUCCUGCACCGCCGUCGUCCGCAGCACCGUCAGUCCUGCAGCACCGUCGUCCUGCACCGCCGUCGUCCUGCAACGCCGUCGUCUUACCGCCGUCGUCUACGCACCGUCGUCCUGCAACACCGUCGUCCUGCACCGCCGUCAUCCUGCACCACCGUCGUCCUGCACCACCGUCGUCCUGCACCACCGUCGUCCUGCACCGUCGUCCUGCAACGCCAUCGUCCUGCAACACCAUCGUCCUAAAGAGCGCAUCGUCCUACAACACCAUCGUCCU